AUGGCUUCGGAACAGAUGUUUACAUUAUUCUUUCCUAUAUUCAGAUAUCUAUGGUACAAAGAUAGGCAGCCUUUUGCAUCAUCACUAUCAUUAUCGUCACUAUCAUCAUCAUCAUCGCUAUCAUCAUCAUCAUCGUACAACGAUUACAACAACGAAACGUUAACUGUGACAGAAAACAACAACAACAACAACAAUGAUAAUAAUAAUAAUAACAAUAAGAACAACAACAUUGAAGGAACGUACACAUGUGAAGUUGUCAACGAAUUCGGGGUCGUGACCUCUGCCAAUUACAUCGUCAGGAAAGCAUACCUAGAGACAAUGGCUUGCACUUCCACCACUCCAACAAUCCACACACCGAACGUCGGUGACUCCUUGACUCUCCACUGCAACCCCCCUCGAAGUUUCCCGCCCUUGGUGAUCGGUUGGGGGCUGUUCAACCCGCAGAAGUUUACCACCAGUAACCUACCGAUUAAUGAGAGGGUGCAGAUGGAUUUCAACGAAAUAUACAAAGUUUGUAUUACAACAUUUCGAGAAAAGUACAAAAUCGCGUGUAUAAAAAUUGCACCGCAAAACAUAUUUGAAUUCUGGUAA